CUUUAUCAAAAUCAUAUAGAAUAUAUAUUUUAUAUAUAGGAAUAUCAUGCCUGAGUUUGUUUUAUCAUAUGGUAAUCCAGAUGAAAAUUUAAAGAAGAUUGAUGUAUUUAUUUCUGAUAAUGGUUUUAUUAAUGAUUCAUCAAAUUUAUGGGUUAUUUAUAUUCAUGGAGGUGCAUGGAGGGAUAUAGAUCAUGAUUCAAAAGAUGGACAUGUUCUAAUUAAUUUUCUUCGUAGUCAAUUUUAUACACAAACUAAAUUGGCUUAUGCAAGUAUUAAUUAUCGUCUAUCACCUCAUGUAGUUCAUCCUGAACAUUUGAAUGAUAUAAAAGAAGCAAUUGAUUUUCUUAAAAAAACAUAUAAAUUAAAUCAAUGUAUUCUUAUUGGGCAUUCUGCUGGUGCAACAUUAUGUAUACAAUAUUUUAUGGUUAAUAGUGAGGUACAAAAUAUUGUAUGUUGUAUUAUUUGUGUGGAGGGAAUAUAUGAUUUAUUGGAAUUGGUAAGCGAAUAUCCUUCAUAUGAGGAUUUUGUAAAAUUGGCUUUUGGUAAUGAUCAACGAAACUGGAUUGUUGCAAGUCCUUCAUAUUUAGUAUCUAAUUAUGUUGGUUCAUCUUCUUGUGAGAUAAUUUUGAUUCAAUCUGAAGAAGAUGAACUUUUAAGUAUGAAACAAACAAAUAUUAUGAUGAAGGCUAUUUCUCAUAUUAAGAAUUCUAAUAUUACAUUUAGUUUGAAAAAAGUAAAAGGAAAACAUUUUGAUGUUAUAAAAAAUGAUGAUUUUUUUUAUAUAAUUAAAGAGGUUGUUCAUUAUUAUUUAUAAUGUUUUACAACAAUAGUAUAUUUUUCUACAAAUAUUUUGAUAAUUA